CGAGGCUCCACACUUGAGAGAGUGACAGGUCCUCGACUUUUUUCCCCCCAUCGCGUUUAAGGCGAGAGUCAGUUUUCAGUAGUCAGUCUCGCGUGGUUCGUCAAGUUUCGGCCAGAGAUACAGGAAAAUUUCGGCGUUAAGCUCUCAGACGUAAGAGAGGAAACGACAUUUUCGCAAGACAACCGGCAGUUCUGUGGGCGUCGGCGGUAUAACACGAGGCGGAUUUUCAAAUACCACCGGCUAAGGCUUCGACGUAUAAUAAGAGAAAAGUCUUCUCGAGUAUAAUAAUACUCGAGUGCAAUAAUACUGCAGCUGUACGACUUACCAGCCGUGUGCGCAGGGCGGAUCGUCGGAGAGACGACGCGUUCCUUACCUAGGCGAAAGACGAAACCCGUGGCACCGGGACCUCAGAGCGUGCAGUCGGCGAAAAGCUGAGAUUUGAAAUUAGUAAGAGACGAAGACACCUCCUACUCCGAACAUCCGACGAAUCCGAGAUACGUCAGACAUGGCUGCGUUUCGACUGACCCUGUGCUUUCUCAUCUCCGCGUUGUGCUUCUGCUCGCUGAUCAACGCUGCGGCCGUUCACAAAUUGUUAUUUGAGGGAAAACUGCAGGAUGGCACAAGCAGCGCAGACGAGACUCGAUCAGAGGCUGCAGGGAUCAUCAAUGUCGAAAAUGGACACGCGUUUCCGGAAAGUAUUCGAGAGCGCAGAUCCAAUGUCGAAGGAACUUGCCACCACUGGGCACCGUGUGGAUGGGCGGUUUACGAGCCAUUCACAAGGAGGGUGGAGUACUUCCUGAAGAACACAUGCUCGUGCCAAACCUCGCACAAGUGCAUAAGAACGGACGACGACUUGUCGAUCAGUGCCUACGUCUACAGAUGUAGGAGCAACGUUAGCGCGACCGACAUCGAGUCGCCGUAAAAUACGAAUCCUGACUAAAACGUACGUACAUAUGUAUGGCAAGCAGUAUGAAACGUAUGUACUUCGCGUAAGACAUACCUACGUGCACCGUUGCGCAAAAAUUACACAGUUUUAUUGUGUAUAAUCCGUCAGUUCGUACGGAGAGUUUUCGGUAAUAAAUUAAUCUAACAGAAUAACAGAGAGUAAAUAAAAAAAUUAAUUAUUACGUCACGAUACGCGCCGUUUACAUAUCGCAGGGUGAAACUGUAUAUGUGUAAAACGAAGAAAGGCGGAGAAAAUUGAUAAAAAUAAUAUUGAAAAAUUGGAAGGAAAAUACGAGAAAUGACGAAAAAACCAACAACAACAACAAUAUCAUCAUAUUAUUUAGAAUAAAUUGUCAAAAUUUCGUUUCUAAAAUCUUUAUAUUAUACACUUGUCAUAACAUACAGUAUGCUACCUACGGCCCAAAUAAUACGUGCAUGCAGCCAAGUGUCGUGCGGCUAUAUGCGUAUAAUGUGAAUAUAUAUCGUUACGUGGGGUUAUACAUUAUACAUAAUAAUACAAGUUAGGUUAGAAGAUUUAAUCAUUAAUUUUACCCGCGCUCAAAUUCAUUGUGAAAACGUGCGACGCGUUAGUUCCGUCAAGUUUUUUGUUUUUUAAUACCAACUUUUUUUCUUCUAUUCUUCAUCUUUAAUUUUCUGUUGCAAUUUACUUACAAACUGCGUAUGUAUGUCAAAAAUUCUCUAAAUAUUGUAGAAAUAGUUUGAUCUUUCGCUGCCGACUUUCUCGUGAAAAAAAGGCUAACUGUUAAUAAGCAUAUGUUAUACCCACCAUACCCAUGCAAUAUUACUAUUUUUCAUCUUGAUAAAAGCAUAAGAUUGUUGUCGUUACCCGUCGCGCGGAUUACCCUGUAGUAACAGGUUUUCUUUUCUUCUUCUUCUUUCAUUUGUAUUUCGAUUUCAGCACUCUCCCGAAUUGACACACUUUCUGUUGUACAUUUCCAUAAUUGUGGUAUUGUUUAAACUGCAGUAAACUAUGCACACUCCGCGCAAUUAUUUCGCUUAUACUUAUGUAGAGGAAAGGAAGGAAGCUGAAAUUGGAAGAAAAAGUGAGAAAAUCACAAAGAAGAAUCUUGGUACCAACGCCAUAAUUUUCGAUGCUAGCGUCAAUCGCUUAUGUAUGUACAUUGUUUAUUUAAAUCUGAACAAUUACAUGUAGGUAAACAGACCUGUACCUACUGUUUAAAAUUCAUUUAAUACAACUGUCUGGUGUUUCGUGUGACGGGUUUGACAUUUUCUACAAAUAUGCUAAUAUGACUAUACAGAUACUUUGUACGCUUUCUAAAUGCAGUCGGUUAUGCCCAGCCUCUCUAGCAAUAUACCUAACAAUGAUACAAUAAUGAUGAUAUACUAUAGUAUACAGGAUAAAUAUUUAAUUGUAAGUCAGAUAAGUAUAAUAAUACACGUAUAAUAUUAGGAUACGUAUUGUUAAUAUCACCUUAAAGCAUCUGCAGUUUGUAGGCUAUUUAGUAAAGUAGUCACAGUAUUUUCAUAAAGAUCCGGCGCGCACACAUGCCAACACCCUCGACGUACUUAAAAGACAAAGUAAAGAACAAAAAAAAAAAAAAAAAA